CGCCAUCAUCGUCGGCAGCAAGCAGACAGUUGCCUAGUGACGAACAACUCCAGACGGCUGCUGGCUUCCUGCGUUUUCAAAAAAAAAUCUCGUCGCUGCCACUCAGCUUGCGCCAAGUUUCCCAAACACACCGAUCUGUUUGUUUGGUGUUCACAGCGGGACGAUGGUGCGGGGUGACACGUAGAUCCCACCUCGGAGGGUCGCGCUGUGGGUUUAGCGUCUCGGGCCGCGUUAGGAGGAGUUCCCGAUGAAGGAUGAAUAACUAUAUCUUCCUCAGGGUCGUGGGGAAAGGCAGCUACGGAGAGGUGCACCUGGUGAAACACAAGUCCGACCGCAAACAGUAUGUUAUUAAGAAGCUGAAUUUAACCACCUCCUCUAAGCGGGAGCGGCGCGCUGCAGAGCAAGAGGCGCAGCUUCUGUCCAGGCUGCGACAUCCAAACAUUGUGACCUACAGGGAGUCGUGGGAAGGAGAUGACUGCCAGCUCUACAUUGCCAUGGGUUUCUGUGAAGGUGGUGACCUCUAUCACAGACUUAAGCAGCAGAAGGGGGAGCUCCUCCCCGAGAAGCAGGUGGUGGAAUGGUUCGUCCAGAUAGCAAUGGCACUCCAGUACAUGCACGAGAGGAACAUUCUACACAGAGACCUCAAAACACAGAACAUCUUCUUGACAAAGACCAACAUCAUCAAAGUCGGGGACCUUGGCAUUGCACGAGUAUUGGAGAACCAGAAUGACAUGGCCAGCACUCUCAUAGGGACGCCAUACUACAUGAGCCCUGAGCUCUUCUCCAAUAAACCCUAUAACCACAAGUCAGAUGUAUGGGCCCUGGGCUGCUGUGUGUAUGAAAUGUCCACACUUAAACAUGCCUUCAAUGCCAAGGACAUGAACUCACUGGUUUAUCGCAUAGUAGAAGGAAAGCUGCCACAGAUGCCCGGUAGAUAUGACCCCCAGCUGGGAGAUUUGAUCAAGAGCAUGCUGUGUAAGAGACCCGAAGAUCGGCCUGAUGUCAAACUCAUCCUCCGCCAGCCCUACAUCAAAAGACAAAUUGCCAUGUUCCUUGAGGCCACCAAAGAGAAAACUGCCAUGCCAAGAAAGAAAGCUGUCAGCAGCACUGGUGUUUGCAGAAACAACAGUGAAUCGUCCGUGGUUUCAUCUCAGCCAAAAUCUAAGCGACAGCCUCGGAGUCCUCAGCCGGAACCGCUUGUCAAGGUGAAACGGAAAGAAGAGAAAUCACAGCACUCUGAAGUUUAUAAUGGCAUCACUCACUCUACUCCAGUCCCAACAACUCCUCCACCCAAACCACCUUCACCGGAUGCAUCUCUGGCAACUAUCAGCAACAUCAAUAUUGAUUUCCAAGGGCAGGAGGAUGAGGACCAGUCGAAGAGGCAGGUGCACAGGCCCCAGUCGGCAGGUGAUGAACAUGUGACUCGCAGCGUGCACAAAGACAGCAAGAGAAAAGGGAAACCCGAUCCUUCUCCCCCUGUCUCCCCCGUUAAGCUCCCUCUGAAGUCUGUAUCAGGUGUUGUCAGCAGGGGAGGAGACGAGAGACGGGCGCCCAACGGAUUGUUAGACAUUCAGCCACGGGCCACGCCAAAGCCCGGGGAUACAUUUUCUGUUUUUGGGGAGAAGCAGAUGUCAGAUGUGGGUGAUAAGGAUGAUACGAUGGAGUUACUUCAACAGGCUCACAUGCAGGAGCCAAAGCUAGAAGUCGAGACAGAGGCGGCUCCUUCUAUCACUGAGAGCAGAUCUGCACACAAAUCUAAAACAGAAACUGGCGGAGUGGGUGUGGAACGGAAUAUGGACAACAAAAGUGACACCAUUAAUCUUCUCAAGGCGGAUCCAACAGAACAACUACAUGCCUCAGACACCCAAGAAAACUUAGAAUCUACUGAAAAGCUGUUAGAGCCGUUCACUCCAACAGUGGAGCCCGAGUUUCAGCAAACUCCCUUACCAGUCAAAAAGCCAGGACCGAUCACUUCAUGUCAAACUCCCCCGCCCUCUGUACUACAGCAGCUCAGAGCAAGAGACACAAGAGGGACACAUGGGGAUCAGGACAAGGUGGCUGCUUCCAGACCUUUACCUCCACCUCCUGUUGAGAGCAGAGCUGUGGAGGAGAGGAAGAGGAGCAGGAGGAGCACAGAGGGCAAGAAACCUGAUGUGGCGGUGACUUCCACACCAGUGAGUUCCAUUAACAACGGAUUGUUACCACUUCCACAGGUAAAGGAUCGUCCUUUGUCCGCCAGAGAGAGAAGGAGACUGAGACAGUCCCAUGAAUGUUCCAUUCAACCAGGUGUCAAUCCUGUAAGAAGAGCUUCUUAUGAUGUCACUUCCACUAAGGCUGAGCGCUACCAUGCCCCAGUCACCAGUAGAUCUGUGUCGGACACUAUGGCUGGGAUCAUCAGUAAGCAAGAUAAGUUGCAGGAGCAAAGGUCAGAUGAUGAUGAAUGCAGCUCAUCCACUAGUUCCACAGAGCGUUCAGAGGGAGACUGUAGGGAGAGGAAGACUGAGUCCAGAGACAUGCAGGAUUUAGUCCAUAUGAUGACACAAACAUUGAGCAUGGAUGUCGGAGAUGGUGUGAGCGAGAUGGACAAAAGCAGAUUUGGUUCUACUACACUGCCGGAAUUUAAACUGAACAGGAGGUAUCGGGACACCCUGAUGCUUCAUGGGAAGGCUCGAGAGGAAGCAGAGAACUUGUCAAUCGGUGAAAUACGAAUGGAGGGCUCCCCUUCUGGCCCAGCCAAGAUAAGGAGAGCCAUAGAAAAUCUGAGGACAGAUGUGGUGAAGGGCCUGGGGGUCAAGCUGCUGGACAAAGUGCUGGAAAUCAUGGAGGAGGAGGAUGACGCCAUACGAGAACUUUGCCUUCGUGACAAAAUGGGGGAUCAGAAAUACCAAGCGUACGCUGUGAUGGUGAGGCAGCUGAAAUUCUUUGAGGACAUUGCCUUCAAGGUUUAAGAAUAUAGGAGCACAGAGGCUAUGGGAGCAGAGACCUUUGAAUUUUGACCGCUCUUACAUAGCAUUUAAAAUUGUUCUCAACUGUAAAUAGAUCAACAACCUUCUCAAAGAUGAAUACAUUUCCUACCAAAGGAACAUCACCUUGGUUUUGUGGCAUUAAGCCACUUCCCUCCUUCUGCUAGCAUCUAACAUCACAGCAGGUUUAAUCACGAGAUUGCCACCUUAGCUUUUAGUCAUAUGAAAUGACCUGUCAAAUGAAUUUUUUUUUUUUUUUUUUAUUCCAGUACAAACACACAAUUUGAGUCCUGCAUUCUUCAGGAUGCCUAUGCAAAGAUUUUGGUCAAGUUCUAACAGCUUGACUCUUCACUUGGUUGGAUACUCACUUGUUUAUUUAUAAUGCAAACCAGAAUUUUGAUAUUGUAUCUUUGAAGACAUGAGCUCUCACUUCUGCUUCUCUGUUGGAUUUUCUUACACACAGGAAACUGUAAUGUAGAUGUUUUAUAGAUAUUGUUUAAAUAAACUCCUACAAAUCUUAAAUAUUUUUGUCAACGCCAGCAUUUCUGUGAAAGAAAAUACAUUUCCGUGCAAAUAAUAGUGAAAGACCAAAAUAAGUCUUGUUGAAUUAAAAUAUAAAUACCAGACUGAUAGAGGACCAUCAGUUAUAUCAUUGUAACAAUAUAUUGUCCUGUAUGCACUGAUCAUUAAGACUUUUUAUAGAACGUAAUGCAGUAAAAGAAGCUCGGUGGAAUUUAGAAAUGGUGUCUUUACAUAUUUUGUCCAGCAGAGCUCACUCUGACUCUAAUAAUCUCUGCACACUUUGCUGCACAUAAAGCCUAGAACACUUCCCAGCUGAGCUAACUAGAUUGUGUAAUACAUUACUGAAAAGCUAAGAAGGAACAACAUCAACGUUUUCCAUCUUUCAAUAUUACAUAUGCACUGGGUCAAGAAAGAGAUAUUUCAGAAAUGACCUGGUUUUCAGUAUUAAUUGAAGUAUAGAUUAACACAGGGUGAUUAAGAUAAUAGAACAUGAACACGUAUAUCAUGUUUUAAUUGAACUAACUCAUGCACAGUGCUGGUGCAAAAGGUUAAUGAACCUCAGGUUUUAAAACUGGUUGAACAUCCAUCGGCAGCAACAAGCUCAAACAAGUUUUUCCAGAAGCUGUGGAUCAGAUGUGCACAACGUUCAAGAGGAAGUUCGGAACAUUCUUCAAACAGAUCAGCUUCAGCUCAGCGAUAUUCUUAGUUAAUCUGGAGUGGACAUCUCUGAGCUCAGUCCACAACAUCUCUUCAGGAUAAAAGUCUGGACCAUUCUUGCUUUCAAAUAAUUCUGUAGUAGCUUUACGUCAUUGUCCUGCUGCAGCACCCAACUGCUGAGCUUCAGCUAGUGGUGAAACACUGACUUUAUCCUGGGCUUUUUUUUUAUUUGUUACUUCCAGUGGACUUGUGUGUUUAUACAAAUAAAUGAAAAAUGUUA